UUUUAAAAGACUGAUUUUCAUUUUUUUUAACAGUAUGAAAAGAAGUAAUGAAUAACUUUGUUGAGGUUAUGAAUAUAAUCACAACAGCUAUUGUUGUAAUUCUAUCGUUUAUUGAGCAUUUUUACAGAAAGUUGUUUCCGUUUAAAAAGAAAAGUCUUAAUGGAAAAUGUGUUUUAAUUACUGGAGGUGGUGGUGGACUGGGAAAGCAACUUGCUGUAAAUUUUGCUAAGUGUGGGGCACGGAUAAUUCUUUGGGAUAUUCACACUGAAAGCAAUGAAAGUACAGCAUCUUUAUUAAAAGCCAUGAGAUGUGAAGCAUUUUCAUACACUUGCGAUUGUGGUAAUGAAGCUCAAGUCAAAGAAACUGCUCUUAAAGUGCAAAAUGAAAUUGGUCAUAUCGAUGUGUUGGUAAAUAAUGCUGGAAUAAUGAAUGCAAAAAGCAUCACCAUGCAAACUGAAGAGCAGAUUAGAAAGACAUUUGAUACUAAUGUAUUAUCACAUUUUUGGACUACUAAAGCAUUUCUUCCAUCAAUGAUGGAGCGAAAUGAUGGACAUAUUGUAACUAUUGCAUCUACUGCUGCUAUAAAUGGUUCCCCAUAUUUAUGUGAUUACUCUGCUUCUAAGUAUGCAUUAAUUGGCUAUCAUGAAUCACUGACUCUUGAACUUCGUGAGCAGGGAUUUACUAACAUACGAACAACAUGUAUUUGUCCUAAUUUUAUUAACACUGGAUUGUCUGUCAAACCAAAAACUAACGUUCCUUGGUUGAUACCAAUUUUACAAGCAUCUGAAGUUGCAAAAGCUAUUGUAAAUGCUGUCAGAACCAAUCAAGAUAUGUUGAUUUUGCCCAAAAUAUUUUAUGCAAUCACAGUCAAAAGAUUGAUUCCAUUUCGCGCUCAAUUGGCGAUUCAUGACUAUUUAGGGAUUGGAAUUGAACCUAAAAGUACUAAACGAACAAAAAAAACUACAACUUGAUAUUGAAAUUUUAAAUCGACGAUUCUGGUUUAUUCCACAAUUCUAUUCUGUAUUAUCUAUACUAAUUAAUAUUCAAACCAAGUUACAGUUGAAGAACUAGUGAAAACCCAAAAGAUAUUUAGUAUGUUGUUAUAAAUAGUUGGAGUUUCUUUAUGUUUAAUAAAUGCGGGCAUUUAUAAUUUUAUAUUUUCCCAUUUUUGAAA